UAGCCCCUAGCAGUAUGUCUUGUCUCAGGCCGCAAGUAGAUGGCGUCUGACUACACUACAACACAACCAAUACAGCGAGAUAGCUGAGUCACAGAACUAGGUAGGCUACUGUGGAAAAAGCAACGGUACAGAAACGGGUGUGAACACGGUUAUAGAAGCACCUGGCAAUUAUCGGGAAUCGUCUUGAAGAUGUUGUCCAUAACGUUGAAGACUCUUCAGCAGCAAACGUUUAAAAUCGAAAUAGAUCCAGAACUAACCGUAAAAGCCCUGAAGGAGAAGAUUGAGGUUGAGAAAGGGAAGGUUGGCUAUCCAUCCGCAGGGCAAAAGCUCAUCUAUGCAGGCAAAAUCUUGAAUGAUGACAUACCUUUAAAAGACUACAAAAUUGAUGAGAAAAACUUUGUGGUUGUCAUGGUUACAAAGCCCAAACCUCCAGCUCCUCAACAGAUUUCUCCUCAGGCAACCCCAGCCCCAGCCUCUAGCCCUGCUCCCGCCCCUGCACCUCCUGUUGUUUCUGGGCUGUCCCUGUCAGACAUUACCUGUUCUACUUCUCCUGCCCCCAUGGAGAACUCAACCCUCUCCCCUACACCCACACCCGCCCCUGCCUCAAACCCCACAAAAUCAGUGGAGCCCUCCACACCCCCAUCCCCUGCACCAGCCCCUGCUUCUAUUCCCCCUGAAGCUCUGGGGGCCAAUGCAGCCCCAGCUCCUGCCGCAGCAGCAUGCCCCGUCCCUGUCUCACCCUCAGAGGACAAGCCUCACGGGGAGCACCCCGAACUGCCCCUCGCCACUACGCCAGCCCUCUCCUCCUCUAGCCUAGUUGAUGACUUAAGUCUCUUGGAAGAAGCAGCAUCGAUACUGGUGACAGGACAAGCGUAUGAGAAUCUGGUGUCUGAAAUCAUGUCUAUGGGAUAUGAAAGGGAGCAGGUUAUUGCAGCGCUGCGAGCCAGUUACAACAACCCAGACAGAGCCGUGGAGUACCUGCUAAUGGGGAUUCCGUCCGAAGCUGAUCUUCAGCCAGUGGAAGCGCUCCAACACAGAGUUCUGGCCAACCUCAAUCCCACUGCCCCAGUUCCUGCCCCAGCCUCUGCUCCAGCCUCUGCUCCAGCCUCUGCUCCAGCCUCUGCUCCAGCUCCUGAUCCAGCCACAGAUAUAGCCCAGCCCCCACCAGCAGCCACCAGCGCAGUGUCUUCAACCCAGCAGCCCCCCUCGUCUGGUGUGCUGACCGGUGGGCUAACUGGUGGGCUUACUGGUGGGCUUACUGGUGGAGGUACUGGGGGUGGGAACCCUCUGGAGUUCCUGAGGAACCAGCCACAAUUCCAGCAGAUGAGACAGAUCAUCCAGCAGAACCCAACUCUUCUUCCUGCCCUGCUCCAGCAGCUGGGCAGAGAUAACCCCCAGUUGCUGCAGCAAAUUACCCAGCACCAGGAGAGGUUUGUGCAGAUGCUGAAUGAGCCUCAAGGAGGAGAGAUGGUAGAGGAGGGCGCUGAGGCCCAGGGGGCGCCACAGACUAACUACAUCCAGGUCACCCCACAAGAGAAGGAGGCCAUCGAGAGGUUGAAAGCCUUGGGAUUUCCAGAGGGACUUGUCAUUCAAGCAUAUUUUGCAUGUGAGAAGAACGAGAAUCUAGCUGCCAAUUUUCUGCUCCAACAAACAUUUGAUGACGAGUGAACGUGCCUGCCUUGGCAUGAAGGGGAAGAAUGGAGGGCUAGAGAAUGAAUAAUAGUGCUCCAGAAUGUGCUUUUGAAGGAAGGAGUGGAAAAAGUUUCCCAAAGUGACUGGUCUUCCCGGAUGCUUUUCAUUGGACAAAGACGUGAUGUGUUGUUACUGUCAGCUAGGCCUUCUCCAUUCUGAGUGUUAGAUCUCCAUGGGCUCUCUCUCUCUCUCUCUCUCUCUCUCUCUCUCUCUCUCUCUCUCUCUCUCUCUCUCUCUCUCUCUCUCUCUCUCUCUCUCUCUCUCUCUC